GUCGGAGCUGGGAUCGGAGGUGCAGGUGGCGGGGGCAAGGACAAGCCGCACUAUCUCGUGGCAAUGGUGGUGCACCACCUCAACAGGUCCUCCAACAUCUCGCUCUACGAGUGUCGCCAGUGGGUUGAGUACUACAAGUAUGCGGGCGUCUCACAUGUCGUGUGGUACGACACGGCUACCGACUCCCGGGACUCUAUUGAGGCAGCAUGGCGGCCAUACAUCCGGGACGGCUUCCUCACGCUGCACUCCUUCCGCCACCUCUUCCCCUCCUUCGACCCGCAAGGCUUUGCCUCCAAGGACGACCAGGCGACCCUGCACUUGCUGACCACGCACGGCCCGCAGGCGGCCUGGUUUGUGCGUGUGCCGGUGUCGUCCUUCCUGUUUGCGCCCGGGGACGUGAAGCCGGGCUUCCUGGACCGGUUCCUGCGGGAGUACGAGGCGCACAGGCCACAGGCGUCACAGCUGCUGCUGCAGAUGCUGCACUUCGUGGGGCCUGGCGAGCGCCCCCUUCCCGCCCUGCUCUUGGAGCGAUUUGUGCAUCGCACAGAGCAGACAAUGGGGGCGUCCCUGCAGCCAUUUGCACAGAUGACUGCGGUGGUGAAGCCGGACAGUGUGCUUCGUCUGUUCUGGCACCACCCGCAUCACCUGGAGAUGAGCAAGGGGGAUACUGUGGUGCUGCCAGCAGCGCUGCUACGUGUGCACUCGUUUGAGAAAGCGGUUACAGGGGAAGGGAUGGAAGGUGAGGAAGUGGUGGCUGAUACGUCAAUGCUUCCUAUUGCAAUUGAUUUGAACCAAAUGCUUAACAAGGACUCGGGUGAUGCUGCGCGUCGCAUGGCGUCUUCCUCAUCAGUCCCUUUCUUAGCGUCGUCUUCCCUUAACGGCGCCAUCGCGUCGCGCCUUUCCGAUACGUCUCAGGCCGAGCCAUCCCGAACCACAGCGUACGAAACGGACAGACUAACCCUAGCCACCGCGACGCGCAUGACUCCCGCAAUGGACGGGCAAGCCGUGGGCGAGAGAAUGUACCGACGGAAGCGCCAGCGGGCUUCGUUAGGCGGCAGCGCCAUCUCCGAUCAGGACUCCGAAGACGCGUCCAAUGCGGCGGAAAGUCAAGGCCCAUGGACCUGGCCUCAUCGGUCGAAGCAAGCAGCGAAAGCGGUUACCGGGGAUGACGUUGGAAGGAUACUCUUUGGCAAGCCGUCGCCUCAGGAGGAGGAGACUCCCAAGCAGGUGGAGCUGCGGUCCAAGUGGCUGGAAGACAGAAAGCCCGUGACUCGCAGUGGAAGGGCCGCCAAGGAGAAGGCAGCUGCUGCCGCGAGACUGGAGGUGGAGGAGCAGAGGAAGGAGGAAAAAUAA